GGAUGUUUUAAAUAUAAAAAUUAAAUAAUUGUUUUUACGAAUCGGUUAUAAGUAAUGCGAAGGGUCUGAAUUAAUUUUAAAUAGUUUUGCACAAUUAAAUGAAGUUAAAAGCUGUCACAUCACAUGAUAACCAUAUCAAGUAGAACUGGGCCUUGUGUUUUUGUCCGUUUAUACAUGAUAAAGUAUGACCCUUGGUAGAGAUAAAUGACCCCCGUGAAGAUGAUAGUUCAUAUAAAAUGCAAAGGGAGGAAUGCUGAGAGGUACCAAAGACUGUCUAGAACUUCGUGUUCGUUUGAAUUCUCUUCACCAAACCUGGAAGUGGUUACAUCAAACAAUCACCCUUCACGACUUUCUGAUCUCCUUAACAUCAUCUUCUAAAAAUUCGUAUCCUAGAGCCUUCUUGAUCCAUUAGAAGACUGUCUUUAGGCACAACAUCU